GUGUCACUCAUUUGCAGCUCGCGCGGAUCAGUCUCCAUGGGCACGCGGGGGGUUUAGUCAUUUCUGCACUUCUGAGGGAAUAUGAGAGGGAGCUAAAUCUCUUUGGCCCCUUUUUCAACUGGAUAAAGGGAGGUGAGGAGCCUAACAGGUGAGGGCCAUAGCAUGGGGUGAUGAGGACUCUCCUCGGCUGACCUCGGUGCAGAUGACUAGGGAUGGCCACAGCAUCCCCUCAGCAUUUGUUGGAUGACCUAAUAAAUAACGGACAACAACAGCAGGACCAUAAAGAAUUCUUGAGCUCUUUGAAGACCGUUUUUCUAACUAUCUUCCUCUCUGUCAUCAUUAUUAUGACUGUGUUUGGCAACCUGUUGGUUAUGGUUGCACUGUGCAAGGACAGGCAUCUGAGAAAAAAAAAGACCAAUUACUUCAUUGUUUCUCUGGCAUUUGCGGACCUGCUGGUUGCGCUGGUUGUGAUGCCCUUUGCUGCGAUCGAGCUAACCACAGGCCAGUGGUACUUUGGAGAAAUUUUCUGCCUGGUGCGAACCUCUCUGGAUGUUUUAUUGACCACAGCAUCCAUUCUGCACCUCUGCUGCAUUGCACUGGACAGAUAUUACGCCAUCUGCUGCCAGCCGCUAGUCUACAGACAUAAGAUGACCCCGGCGAGAGUAGGAGUUAUGCUCAGCGGCUGCUGGUUUAUCCCGACAUUAAUCUCGUUUUUACCCAUCAUGCAAAGCUGGAAUGCUAUUGGGAUCGAGGACAUUAUUGAAGAGAGGCGAACCCUUAUGGGAGGCUCCAACGACACAAGCUGUGUGUUUCUGGUCAACCGGCCUUAUGCUCUGAUCUGCUCUGCCGUUGCCUUCUAUGUGCCACUAGCUCUCAUGGUUCUGGCCUAUCAGCGCAUCUAUGUCACUGCCAUGAUCCAUGUCAGGCAGAUAGAGACACUUCAGCGUGCUGGCUCUGCUCCAGUUACAGUGUCCAAUCCGGUCGUAACUGUACGGUCUUCCACCUCCUCGGAUCCACUGGAUCACUACCGCCUGAAGACAGCAAUCAGAUCCUUGCACUCAGAACAGGUUCAUGGAAGACACAGCCGCAUGCGCAUUGAGACAAAGGCGGCAAAGACGCUGGCGGUCAUAAUGGGCUGCUUCUGCCUGUGCUGGGCGCCAUUUUUCAUCACGAACGUGGUGGACCCCUUCAUUCAUUACUCUGUACCCUGGCAGCUGUGGACAGCCUGGCUGUGGCUGGGGUACAUUAACUCAGGAUUGAACCCCUUCCUGUACGCCUUCCUAAACCGGGCUUUUCGAAGGGCGUUCCUUGUUAUUCUCUGCUGUGGAGAUGAACGUUACACUCGGCAGGGGAGCUUCUCCCGUGGACACAUCCACAGGCCUUGCUCCGCCCCGUCAGUCAACGGGACCUCCAUGGCACUGAGAUUGUCCUUCCUGCCAAACCGCAGCUACAGCGAUAAUGGCCAGACAAUCCUUGCCAACGAACAGGAGUCCCAGGACUCUCUUGGGCCCAUAUGAGGUUGACCUUACGGGAACAGAACUGUGAACCUCCCAUCGUUUGUGUGGGACAUUCGACUCAAAUUUAUUGCUGUCUGUGUCUCAGUUUACUUUAAAGCGAGCUGACUUUCCAUAAAGCUGUAUUUUCCUCAUAAUCAUUGGCCGUUUCAUGAUACCAAUGUAACAGCUCGGUGAAAAUGAACUCUGCUUACAGAUUGUGAGAUACAAUACAACUGCUGCUACUCUUAAACUGUGUUUAAUAAAAAGAACAACAUAAAUGCAGUCUUUGAAUUAAACAAAGCCUGUUAAGGCUGAGAUGGAGCUUUGACGUCACUCAUUUACAUUAAUUUAAUAUUUUGACACUUUAAAGCAGCCCAAUGCAAUUUAUGACCACUAGAUGGCAGUAAAGCAAGAACACUGGAGAUGUACUUCACGCCACAAGAGAACAUGCCAUUCAAGUAAGGCUUGUACGGCUACACCGAAAUAUCUUUUCACCUUGACUGGUCCAUAUUUAUAGAGCAGGACUGUAAAUAUGCUGGGUUUUUUGCUCAGUUUCAAACAAGUUGUGACCAACAAGGCAGAGCAAGGUCCACCUUUAUAUUUCCACCACGCACAGUGAGACGGAUGGUGGGCAGAAUAAAAUAAAACAAAAUCUCCAUGGCUCAUUGUUGGAGAACUGCAGCAAGGAGUGACAAGUCAUCAAGUCUCCGUAAUAACCGUUAGACUCUAUCUACAGGUCAAUUGGUUGUUCUGAGGCAGGAUUUUCUAUCCAAAGUCACAAACCUAAAUGCUUGGAGUCUGUUAAACUCUGUUGGAACUUUAACUGGAACUGCGUGCCCUGGUCAGACAAUACAAAGAUUGAGCUUCUUUUUUUUAAAACAAAAAUUCAAGGUGAGUUUGGUGUGGAACAAAUGAAUAACGUGGGAAUGCAUCUACCUGUGUAGGUAUGGUGGAGG